ACUGUAGGCUAAGCAGGCAGGAUGCUCCGGGUCUGGAUGGAGCUAGGGUUUUCCCCAAAACCAAAGUGAGCUCCUGGGUUUCUUCGGCGUUUCUCCCCCCUGGGCAUACAUGGGCCCUGCCCUAAGUGGAAGAGCUUCCCAUUAGUUCUAGGAGGGUCGUGCUAGGAAGAAAGCCCGCGGGAGGAGCCGCCUUUAACCACGCCCGUAUCUGUCAUCAUGGGGGUGGUGCCAGCCCAGGCCUGGCGUCAGGAGGCGGAGCACCGCCCCCGGGUCCAGCCGCGCUCUCCUACAGUGGCUGGACUCGCAGGGCGCUGGGUGCGGCCAUGCGGGGCCCGGGCCUGAGUGUGACCCUGACCCUGAGGCCGAGACCUAGCGCGACCUCAGGCGCGGUACGGCUCCCCCGGCAGAGGCGGCGGGCGCGGGGCGCGCUCUGAAGCCCGGGGGAUGCGCGGGCACCGUGACCAUGGGUGCCGCCGCCUCCAGGAGGAGGGCGCUGAGGAGCGAGGCCAUGUCCUCGGUAGCGGCCAAAGUAAGAGCAGCCCGAGCGUUUGGAGAGUACCUGUCCCAGAGUCACCCUGAGAACCGCAACGGUGCAGACCACCUGCUGGCUGACGCCUACUCUGGCCACGACGGGUCCCCAGAGAUGCAGCCUGCCCCCCAGAACAAGCGCCGCCUCUCCCUCGUCUCCAAUGGCCGCUAUGAGGGCAGCAUCUCAGAUGAGGCCGUCCACGGGAAGCCGGCUCCAGAGGGCCCCCAGCCCCGUGUGUACACCAUCUCUAGAGAGCCAGCCCUGCUGCCCAGCUCUGAAGCUGAAGCCAUUGAGCUGGCAGUGGUAAAGGGGCGGAGGCAGCGGGAGCGGCACCCUCACCACCAUAGCCAGCCCCUGCGUGCCAGCCCAGGCAGCAGCCGUGAGGACAUCAGCAGGCCCUGCCAAAGCUGGGCAGGCAGCCGCCAGGGCUCCAAAGAAUGCCCAGGAUGUGCCCAGCUGGUCCCUGGUCCCUCCCCUCGGGCCUUUGGGCUGGAACAGCCACCUCUACCUGAGGCUUCUGGCCGCCACAAGAAGCUGGAGAGGAUGUAUAGUGUUGAUGGAGUGUCUGAUGAUGUUCCCAUCCGUACCUGGUUCCCCAAGGAAAACCUUUUCAGCUUCCAGACGGCAACCACAACUAUGCAAGCCAUCUCGGUAUUCAGGGGCUACGCGGAGAGGAAGCGUCGGAAACGAGAGAAUGAUUCCGCGUCUGUAAUCCAGAGGAACUUCCGCAAACACCUGCGCAUGGUUGGCAGUCGGCGGGUGAAGGCCCAGACGUUCGCUGAGCGGCGCGAACGGAGCUUCAGCCGGUCCUGGAGCGACCCCACCCCUAUGAAAGCCGACACCUCCCACGACUCCCGAGACAGCAGUGACCUGCAGAGCUCACACUGCACCCUGGAUGAGGCUUGUGAGGACCUGGACUGGGACACAGAGAAAGGCCUGGAGGCCAUGGCCUGUAACACUGAGGGCUUCUUGCCACCCAAGGUCAUGCUGAUCUCCUCCAAGGUGCCAAAAGCCGAGUACAUCCCUACCAUCAUCCGCAGGGAUGACCCCUCCAUCAUCCCCAUCCUCUACGACCAUGAGCAUGCAACAUUCGAGGACAUCCUGGAGGAGAUAGAGAAGAAACUGAACAUCUACCACAAAGGGGCCAAGAUCUGGAAGAUGCUGAUUUUCUGCCAGGGCGGCCCUGGACACCUUUAUUUGCUCAAGAACAAGGUGGCCACCUUUGCCAAAGUGGAGAAGGAAGAGGACAUGAUCCACUUCUGGAAGAGAUUGAGCCGCCUGAUGAGCAAAGUGAACCCAGAGCCGAAUGUCAUCCAUAUCAUGGGCUGCUACAUUCUGGGGAACCCCAACGGGGAGAAGUUAUUCCAGAACCUCAGGACCCUCAUGACUCCUUACAAGGUUACUUUUGAGUCACCGCUGGAGCUGUCUGCCCAAGGGAAGCAGAUGAUUGAGACCUACUUCGACUUCCGGCUUUAUCGCCUGUGGAAGAGCCGCCAGCACUCAAAGCUGCUGGACUUUGAUGACGUCCUGUGAGGAGCAUGGGUCGUGCCCAGGCACCACCGGGCCUUUUCCUCUGGACUGGGAACCUGGGGCUGGGCCACCUCUUGCACCUAAAACCACGUGGCCCUGGUCUUGCCCACAGCUACUUCAGGGACCCUCAGACAUUGCUCAGGUUCUCGUAGGGUCUGGUCCUCGCUGCACCAGUGGGCCACAGAGGCUACAGUCCUGUCCUGCCUCGCCUGGAGGCCGCAGCAUUGGGAAUCCCCUCCACGGGGUUCAUAGAAAUAAGUGCAAUUUUUUUACACCCCUGGAAGAAUUUGAAGGGAAGCAGCAUUACUAGUUAACUAGUGAAGCACUCUGCUACUAGUUCCAGUGUAGACAACCGGCCCAGUGUGUGUUCAGGUCCUCCUGUCCCCAGCCCCUCAGCCCUGCCGUAUUUGAUCACCAGCACCAGGAUGGCCCAUCUACGUGGGGCCGGCACUGUCAGGCUGCCUAGCCUGGCCCGGUCUAUACUGGCCAAAUCUGUCUGCUUUCACCCCUCUUGUCACCCCUUGCUUACUUUGACCUCAUCUUGGCAAGGGGCAGCCUGGGCGGUAGGAGGGAAGAACCUCACCUUCCCUUUUCUCAGAGGAGGCACUGGGCUGCCCCCUGCUGCCCACCUCCUCAGGCCGACUCACUUCCCUUGCUGCUGUUGAGCUCAGCUUUUCCAGCCUUGAUCUGGAAGCCACAUCCCAGCACAGAGGCUUAGGGGUUUGGUGGGGGCCAGCUGGGGCUGGGCCCUGGAAGGCAAGAACCUCACCAACACUGUAGUGGGGGCCUGGAUCUGUCACCCAGGCUGGAAAGUCCAGUAGCUGGUGAGCUGUGAAGUCCCCGUGACUCCCUUCACAGUCUUGCCCAGGGUCUAGCAGGGUGGGCUCUCUUGUACAUAGUUGGAGCUUGGGGGCAGGCCCCCCUUUUGUAGAGCCUGGGGUCUGAGGGCACCUGGCUGUGUCCCUGACCAAGGGGAGUUAGGAUUGGGCUCUGAACAAUGUACGAUAUCCCUUAGAGUGACCAUUAAACUUGACCCUCUGCUGCA